AGAAAUCGCUGGGGCGAAUCGUAACUCAAAAUACCUUGCCUUACGUUCCUCAUCAAUAAUUCAAACGAUACUCGAUGACGAGAAAUGCAUGAUAAGGGAUUUUUUUUACGUGCAUAUUGAAGACCGGACUCUUCGGGGUCGAGCAAAGGUUGCGUUGAACUUGACUCGUCGCGAGGUAUUUGAGAGCGAGACGGCGUUCGAGGAACUUCCACGUUAGACAUGGCAAGAACGAAAUCCAAGGAGCCAGGUGCUCUCUCGAAACUCUACCUGGCGUCGUAUAAUCUAGGCCAGACGUUAGGAUGGAGCUAUAUAUUGUAUCAGAUUAUACAAUAUUAUAUCCAGCCUUCUUCCGGUGGUACCUUAUGGGAUAAGACCAAGCUACUUGUGAUUGUUUUUCAGAAUGCAGCUUUAUUGGAGAUAAUGCACGCAGCACUUGGAUUGGUACGAUCCAAUGUUGUAAUCACAACAUUCCAAGUCUUCAGUCGCGUCCUGGUUGUAGUCGGGGUUAUCCUGGCUACUCCUUAUACGUAUGCUGCUGCGUCCCCAGGUCUUCUGCUGGCUCUCACCGCGUGGUCCAUUACGGAAAUCAUUAGAUACUCCUAUUAUUUUGCAAACCUCAUCGGUAUUGUGCCACACCUACUGGUCUGGCUGAGAUAUACGUUGUUCAUCAUACUGUAUCCGUUGGGCGUGACCGGCGAAUUAUUGUGCUUCUAUGCCGCCGUAAGGUACGCCAGCGCUAAUCCCGACUCUUGGAGCUACAUUCUACCGAACAAAUGGAACUUCACAUUCAGUUACUUGUAUUUCCUGAUAUCAGUUAUGCUGUUAUACAUUCCAGGUUUUCCACAUCUUUAUAUGCACAUGUUCGUGCAAAGGCGCAAAAUACUCGGUCCCGAUACUACCGCGAAGGAGAAAUAGCUUGUAAAUCCAAUACAAUAAAUAUUUUGUUAUGCA